AGGUUUUAAAAUAAUUAUAAAACGUCUCAAUAGGAUUUAGUCUUUUUCCUCCUUGUCGAAGUGAUGUCGCACAUGAGAAGCGCACGAUUUGAAGCAUAUCGCAACAAUGGAGGGCAGGUCUGCUGAAUCAGAGGCGAUAAGAGGCGGCGCGCGCGGCCGCCAGCGCGGUCAGUGCGCGCCGCGACCUCUGACCGAGUGCUCCUGUGUGCGCCGCGACCUCCGACAUAUCCCGACAUCUCCCGCCUCUAACUCUGCUUCUGAUAUGGACGCCAUGCAGCUCCCGCCCGCUUGGCUGCAGAACUUCGCCCUCCUGACAGGCAGUGGGAGUGUAGGCGGUGUAGGCGGUGUGGGCGCUGUGGGCGGAGUGGGCGGUGUUGGCGGCGCCCUCUACGGCCAGAACGUAGUGAUGGGCUCGUGGUGCGGACCCUAUGAUGCCCUGCAGCGCCCUCCAGCGUACGGUAAGCGACCUAAACCUAAAGCAUAAAUAAUAGCAAAUUAUGAAUAUGAUAAUGAUAAAAAUUACUUUAUUAUUAGAUUGCUAACAGGAUAUACGUUUCAUAAACAUCGAUAAAAUCAUGGGAAUUUACAGUUAAUGUUUUCCUAUUGUCAAAUGCGUCACCGCCAGAUAAGAGGGUUGAUUUGAGUCUUAAAUUUGUUGAUGAUAGACGAUUGACAAUUAAAACGUAUAAAGCGAUAGGUUGCUGUGCCUCCACCUAAAAUGUAACGUUGUGAUAUAGAAGUUUGUGAAUGUUAGCUCUAGAUAGAUAAUAAAUAAUUAGUUGUUAAGAACAAUUGACUGGAUUUGGGUUAACAAACAGUGCAACUGACCGCUAUCUGCCGGAUAGGCGAUAAGCUGAGGACAGGGCGGGCCGAGCAGCGGCGGCGGCAUAACUGAAUGUCAUAUACCUUCGCCAAUACUGGUGACGUAGGCCUUCAGUAAAUUCAAUAGCCAUCAUCAAUUUUUGGACUUGGUCAACUAAAAGUAAUUGUCUGCAGUCGGAAAUACAUAUCUCAGAUCAUGUAUACAGAAAUAUAGAAAUACAUAUCUCAUACAUGUCGGAAAUACAUUCAUUGUAAACUUUUCUUUGUAUCAUGUAAUUUUUA